AUGGCCCCUCUCGGCUCUCUCCUCCAGUUGGCCCUGGCCACACUCGCUUUGGGAGGAGCAUGCCGAGUUCAGGAGCCAUACGAUGUCAUCAUCGUAGGAGGCGGACCCUCUGGCCUGGGUGCCUUGAGCGGCCUUGCCCGCGUCCGCAGAAAGGUGCUGCUAAUCGACUCGGCCGAAUAUCGAAAUGCGCACACCAGACACAUGCACGACGUGCUCGGCUUCGACGGCGUCACUCCGGCCUACUUCCGCUGGGCAGCCCGCAAGCAAAUCUCGCACUACGACACAGUGAGCUGGACGAACGGCACAGUCGAGAAAAUCGUGCCAGCCUCUGGCGAUCCGUCAUCCCCCCUCUUCACCGUGACGACGUGCGGUUCCAACCGGCACGGCGUCCGCACGAAGACGCACAACCACCACCUCGCGCGACGCAUCGUGCUGGCCACAGGCCUACGCGACCUCCUACCCGCCACCCCCGGCAUCGCCGAGAACUGGGCGCGCGGCGAGUACUGGUGCCCGUGGUGCGACGGGCACGAGCACGCCGACCAGCCGCUCGGCCUGGUCGGGCCCCUGGCCGCCAUCCCGGGCAUGGUGCGCGAGACGCAGACGCUGAACAACCGCGACGUCGUCGCCUUCGUCAACGGCACCGACACACCCCAGGGCCGCCUCGAUACCACGGCCGCCGAGGGAGGCGAUCCGCGGUGGAUGGAGUACCUGCGCCGCGUUGAUGUGAGAGUUGACAACCGCGUCAUCGCCGCCGUCGAGCGGCUCGCCGAUGGCGCGGAUACGCGUGCUGAUCCCAGUCUGCCGAGCGUGCCGGAGUAUGAUAGGUUUCGUGUGCAUUUUACUGAGGGCGAGCCGGUGGACCGCGCGGCGCUCAUGGUUUCGUUUGGGAAGGAGCAGCGGUCGGACCUGGGCGAGAGGCUGGGCGUGGCGCUGUACGGGGGCCAGAUGUAUACCAACGCGGGCAUGUUGACCAACGUGCCUGGCGUAUACGCCGUGGGCGAUGCGAACUUGGAUAACUCGACCAAUGUGCCGCAUGCCAUGUGGAGCGGCAAGCGCGCCGCCGUCGACCUGCACGUCGAUUUGGAACGAGAAAGAGAGCGGAAGCUCCUUGCAGGUAAUGUGAACAGGAGGGAGGCUGAGUUGGACCCUCGGUCUGUCUGGACUGUUAUGAACGGAGAACCCGGAGAUGUUCUUUAUGCUGGCGACUUCGACAAAUGA